AUGGCUCCAGACAAAUAUAAGAACCCUCCGCAAGCCCCUCCGACAUUCGUGGGCACCAAGGACUCCAUCGUCAGCGAUGCCAAAGCCAUCUGCCACAGGACCCGCGGCCUGCUCGACAAGCUUGCCGCUGAUGUCCCAGUCGACCAAGCCUCCUUCGCCAGGGUCCUGAAGCCCGUGGCCCACGACGAGGACGAGGCCGGUCUCUCUGGACGUAUACUUGGCUUCUACCAAUAUGUGUCAAGUGAUGCUGACCUGCGGAAUGCUUCGUCCGAGGCUGAAAAGAUCAUGGACGAGUUCGGCAUCGAAUGCAACAUGAGGGAAGACAUCUUCCAGCUCGUAGACUCGGCUGCCAAGAGCCAGAAGCAGAACGAACCCGACCUCGAUCCCGAAAGUCUGCGCCUGUUGGACAAGGAGCGCAAGAACUACAUCAAGAACGGUCUUGGUCUUUCCAAGGGCCAGCAGAGAGAGCGCUUUAAGGAGAUCAAGACUCGCCUCAGCCAGAUCAGCAUCCAGUUUCAAAAGAACCUCAACGAGGAGGACGACGGUCUCUGGUUCACCGCGGACGAACUCGACGGCGUUCCUAGCGAUGUCGUCGAGGGGCUGUCCAAGGGCGAAGGUGAGAACCAAGGCAAGAUUAGGUUGACCUUCAAGUACCCCGAUUUGUUUCCCGCUCUCAAGUUUGCCAAGAACCCGGAAACGAGAAGGAAGAUCUUCGUCGCAAAUGAAAACAAGAUCCCUGACAACAUAGCCUUGUUCAGCGAGGCAGUAUUGCUCCGGGACGAGGCGGCGCGCAUGCUUGGAUACCCCAACCAUGCGGCUCUUCGCAUAGAAGACAAGAUGGCCAAAGAGCCUGCCACCGUAAACACCUUCCUGGCAGACCUUCGAUCACGAUUGGCCGCUGGUGGCAAGAAGGAGAGACAGCAUCUCUUGGAGCUGAAGAACAAGGACGAGGAGUCUAGGGGCUUGAAGCCAGAUGGCAAAUACUAUCUUUGGGACCACCGUUACUAUGAUCGGCUGAUGGUCGAGCAGGAGUACCAGAUCGACGAGAACAAGAUCGCCGAAUACUUCCCUCUGACGUCCACGAUACAGAACAUGCUUCAAAUCUUCGAGAAGAUCUUUGGGCUUGUGUUUGUUGAGCUGGACAACAGUGAACGCGCAAGAUUGUCUCCCACCAGCAAGUCGGAAGACAUUGCGUGGCAUGAGGAUGUCAAGAUCUUCUCGGUAUGGGAUGACGCCCAAGAGGGCGAGGGCUUUGUCGGCUAUCUCUACCUCGACCUCCACCCUCGACCUGGCAAAUACGGCCACGCCGCAAAUUUCAAUCUGCAGCCUGGUUACCUGAAGUCAGACGGAUCCCGAAGAUACCCUGCGACGGCUCUGGUCUGCAACUUCUCCAAGCCGACAGAAAAGAAGCCAUCUCUGCUCAAGCAUGACGAGGUCGUAACACUUUUCCAUGAGCUUGGCCAUGGUAUCCACGAUUUGGUUGGCCGAUGCAAAUACAGUCGAUUCCACGGCACGAGCACUGUAAGAGACUUUGUUGAAGCUCCGUCUCAAAUGUUGGAGAAUUGGUGCUGGACCCCAAGCCAAAUCAAGGCCUUGUCGAAACACUAUGAGACCGGAGAAGCUAUCCCCGAUGACUUGAUCGAGAAGCAAAUCUCCACCAAGCACGUCAACGACGCUUUGUUCAACUUGAGACAGCUUCACUUCGGUAUCUACGACAUGACCGUACAUGGACCCAGCAGCCAUGAAGAGUUGGAGAGCCUGGACCUGAGUAAGCUGUACAAUGAUCUCAGAAGUGAGAUGUGCGGUCUGGACGGCCCAGAGGGCACCUCAUGGGGCCACGGACAAGCCACUUUUGGUCACUUGAUUGGUGGCUAUGAUGCGGGUUACUACGGCUACCUUUCCUCGCUCGUAUACAGCACGGACAUGUUUUACAGCAAGUUCAAGCAGAACCCCAUGGAUGAUAAAGAAGGUCGCAGAUACCGUCACACCGUUCUCAAGCGCGGCGGCAGCCAAGAAGAGAUGAACAUUUUAGAGGAGUUCCUCGGUCGCAAGCCAAGCAGCGAGGCUUUCUACCGGGAGAUGGGGCUAGGCGCAUGA